AUGGUAGACGAGAUGAACAACAACGCGCCUAGCGACCCAUGCUCUACGGAGCCGCUAUCCCCUGAGCUCAGCUACCUGGUCGGAUGCCUCAAAAAUGGGAUUCCAUUUGAAGGUUGGAACUACGUACGGGAUUUUGAAGCGAACAACAAUACUCUGCAUAUAUCCAGCAGGUGCCGGGGCAGUGGCACUUUGAAGGAAUUUUUGGUACACGGCGACAUCGACGUAAGCAAGGAAAAGCUGGUCGAGUUAAUCCUUACGAUGAACCAACGUUCCGAGUGGGACGAGACCUAUGUCGAGCACAAAAUCAUUAGGCCGUCAGAGAAUGCCACGGAUAUAGUUUACACCGUAUCCAAGUACCCGUUUCCCCUCUCGAAACGCGUCUACACCAUCAAGCGGUCUCUCUACGGCUCCAUGGACGAUGUGGUUGUCUUAGCUACAAAGGUUAUACCAUACGACUAUCCUUUAAGCAGUAGGUGGAUCACCCGUGUCGAUGAUUUUGAGUCCAAUUUGAUUGUAAGCGACAUCAAGGACAAGCCCGACCAUUGCCGCAUGAUUGCCACAUUGUACGAGGACCCCAGGGUCAUCCUGCCGAACAUGUACCUGAAUCUCAUUAUAGAGAGUCUUGUUCCUCGUAUUUUAAACAAGAUGUUUGCGGCAGCCAAGCAAUAUGGCAGCGACAAGUCCACGGAAUUCUGCCGCCAAUUGUUCUGCGUACCGCUGGACUACAAAGGAGAAUCUCCAUCUGCAACCGAAGACAGCGCAUGA